AUGUCGGUCUCCAGUGAGAGCCAGGCCAAUUCUCCUCAGACCUACGAAGCUGUUUCUCCCGUUGAUAUCGUACGUGGUCACAAUCACUUCCCAAUGACAGCCUCUUCGCAACCAAGUGGAGGUCGGACGGAGCGAAGCUCCUCUGAAUCCUCUGUUUCCUCGUCACUCAAGAGCCCUCGAACCGCUCGAUUCGCGGAGGCAACAUCGGUGCACUCCCCUACCGAAGCCAGGGGUGCUUCUACGUCUCCGUUCGCGGACCCGCCGAGUCAUUCACAAAGUCAGCCCGAUGUGUCUGACGUAGGUUUUGGUUAUGUCGCAGCUAGCGAUCCUGCUCAGCAUGCGUUGCAUCAGCUUCCCCCAGCAUCACCUCUCAAGAGUGCCCUCAAGGUCCCAGGCACUCCAGGGCGGACUUUGAAUCCCUUGAGUCCUACUUUUCGGGAAGAAUUCUUUGUGGAGAAGCAAGAAAAGGUUACUGAGAAGGAGAAUGCGAGAGACCUGAGAAUCAAACUACGCGUGCGUCUCGCCAAGAUAUUCCUUCGUUUUGUCAACUUCGGCUGCAGUCUGAUCGUACUCUCUAUCCUGGCAACGACUGUGACGAUAUUCCACGCGACUAAAUCUCUGCCUCCUCGUAACAAUUUACCCCCCUGGGCCAAAGGGACGAACCCAUGGCCGCAGUACCUCCUACUUACAUUGUCUUGCAUCUCCCUGUUCUCGUGCCUGAUCGUCUUCUGGGGAUAUUGGAAGGGUGGCCACAGACGCGCUGAGAAGGUCGCCGUCUAUUACACAGUCUUCUCAGUCUGCUUCUUCACAUUCAGUCUAAUCAUGUGGAUUGUCGCAGCUGCUAUCUAUCAGAAUUCCAAGGCCAACGGCAAUGGUCAAGACCUUUGGGGCUGGUCGUGCAAGCAAAACCUACGAGAGGAAUUGUUCCAUAAUGUUGUCGAUUACGCUCUGCUGUGCCGUCUGCAGGACUGGAGCUUGGUUUGCGCCAUCAUCGAGAUCGUGGUUGAAGUUCUGGCCAUUCUCAUCUAUGCGGUUGUCUUCUAUCGGUUCUACAGCAAGCGACGGCUCCUCAAGUCAAUGGACCGCCGUGACAAGGCCAGGUCGGAUCUGUACCUGGCCCAGCUCCGUCUGCAGUCUGCUCCCAAUACCCCCGGCUUCGCCAACAUGCCCAAGUCACCCUUCGUGUCCGUCCAACAGGCCCAGGAUUCCUACUCGGCCGCCGAGAACGGGGAGAUGUACUCGACGCAGUUCGCAACUCCCCGGUCGCCGACGAAGCCCCAGCCCACGUUCCAGCUGCAGCCGCCUCCCAUCCGUGUGCAGCAGGCGACUCCGAAGAUGGAACAAGGAGAAUUCCCCCCGCCGGCUCCAGCCCAGAAUACCAAUGCGUAUAUGACUGCCGCCCCUGGCGAGCGGACCUACGAGGCCGUCCCUAUCCCGGAAGCAUACACAAGCCCCAUGAGUCCCAACUUCCCUCAGAAUAUUCGCCAGUGA